AUGUAUCACGCGAUACUCGGAAGGCCAGCAUACGCGAAGUUCAUGGCCGUCCCGAAUUACACGUACCUCAAGCUGAAGAUGCCCGGUCCCAAGUGCGUCAUCAUGGUGGGGACGUCUUUUCAGCAUGCAUACGAGUGUGAUGCCGAGUGCUUUCAAUUCGCUGAAACACUCAUCCGGUCCGAGAAGCUCUCCGCUGAGCCUUCACCCGAGGACCUCGACAUCCCUGAGAUGUCUAAGUGUGCGGCUUGCUCUUUUGAGCCCGCCAAGGACGCCAAGGAGGUGGCUGUCUCCGACGAUGGCCACACGCUCCGUAUCGGGACAGUGCUCGAUCCUAAAUAG